AUGGACUGGGAAGAGGAUCGGUAUGGUGUGUAUGUAGUCCCGAUCUUAACCAGUUCUACUGUACAACAUUUUUACGUCUACUCGGAUUCUGGUGCUGUGUUCAUCCUGAGGGUAUCCAAUGAGAUGCGGUCCACCGACAUUCAGGAGCUAGCGGAAUGUGCAGGCGCAUCCGAGUUUGGAAUCAGCAUUUUGUUUGUUUCCUCAAUGAAAAAAAUCUGUUCAUGGGGUUUUGUGACAAACAAUGUGUUGCUUAUCGGAUGGAAACUAGAACAAGUAUGCAAAAAGUUGAAGCGCACGGCUUCGUUUUCUCCACUCUGA